UGAAAGAUCCAAGGGUAGGGAAAGCAAAAAGUCAAAGCCAGAGGAACCAGGACAGCUCCCUUCAGCACACAGGAUCGCAGGUCGAUUCCCGCUAAGACCAAUUCUCACUCUACCACUGGCUCCAUGGAUAUAAUAUUUGGUAAGAAUAAGAAAGAGCAGCUGGAGCCUGUAAGGGCCAAGGUGACAGGCAAGAUCCCACCAUGGCUUCAGGGGACAUUGCUGCGUAAUGGGCCUGGGAUGCACACGGUGGGAGAGAGCAGAUACAACCAUUGGUUUGACGGCCUGGCCUUGCUCCACAGCUUCUCCAUCAGAGACGGUGAAGUUUAUUACAGGAGCAAAUACCUAAGAAGUGACACCUAUAAUGCCAAUAUCGAGGCCAACAGGAUCGUGGUGUCGGAGUUUGGAACGAUGGCCUACCCAGACCCCUGCAAAAACAUCUUUGCCAAAGCCUUCUCCUACUUGUCCCACACCAUCCCUGAUUUCACAGACAACUGCCUGAUCAACAUCAUGAAGUGUGGGAAAGAUUUCUAUGCCACCACAGAGACCAACUACAUCAGGAAAAUCAACCCACAGACUCUGGAGACCCUGGAAAAGGUUGAUUACCGUAAAUAUGUAGCUAUAAAUCUGGCAACAGCACACCCACAUUAUGAUGGGGCUGGAAAUGUUCUCAACAUGGGCACAUCCAUUGUGGACAAGGGGAAGACAAAAUACGUGAUAUUUAAGAUCCCUGCCUCCGUGCCAGAGGAGGACCAGAAGAAGGGGACGAGCCCUUUGAAGCACACAGAGGUGUUCUGCUCCAUCCCCUCCCGCUCGCUCCUCUCCCCCAGCUACUACCACAGCUUUGGCCUCACUGACAACUAUGUGGUGUUUCUGGAGCAACCUUUCAAGUUGGACAUUCUCAAGAUGGCAACGGCAUACAUGCGGGGAGUGAGCUGGGCUUCCUGUAUGACCUUCCACGGGGAGGACAAGACUUACAUCCACAUCGUUGACCGGAGGACCAGAAGGCCCGUGCCCACCAAGUUCUACACAGACCCCAUGGUGGUCUUCCACCACGUCAACGCCCAUGAGGAGGACGGCUGCAUCUUGUUUGAUGUCAUCGCCUACCAAGACAGCAGCCUCUACCAGCUCUUCUACUUGGCCAACCUGAACCAGGACUUUGAGGAGAACUCCAGGCUUACCUCGGUGCCCACCCUCCGGAGGUUCGCCGUGCCCCUGCACGUGGACAAGAAUGCUGAAGUGGGCUCAAAUUUAAUCAGAGCAACAUCUACACGAGCGACCGCCAUGAAGGAAAAAGACGAUCAUGUCUACUGCCAGCCGGAAUUGCUUUAUGAAGGCCUGGAGCUCCCUCAGAUCAAUUACGCUCACAAUGGAAAGCCAUACCGGUAUAUCUAUGCUGCUGAGGUUCAGUGGAGUCCAAUCCCAACCAAGAUACUAAAAUAUGACAUUCGCACAAAGUCCUCCUUAAAAUGGGGCGAGGAGAGCUGCUGGCCCGCGGAACCCCUGUUUGUGCCCACGCCAGGUGCCAAGGACGAGGAUGACGGAGUUAUCUUAUCAGCCAUUGUUUCCACUGAUCCCCAAAAGCCUCCUUUUCUGCUUAUCCUGGAUGCCAAAAGUUUUACGGAAUUGGCUCGCGCCUCUGUUGCUGUGGAGAUGCACCUGGACCUCCAUGGCUUGUUUGUCCCGGAUACAGACUGGGACACAAGACAUCAGUCCCCUUCCAAGGCACAGCAGGACACGGCUGCAGACCACCACGCAGCCUCCCAGGCCUGAGGAGCCGGCUGGGCUCAGGCCCUGGGAGAAGAGCAUCAGGGUAACGAUGCCCAGCUCUGCUGACUGACUGUGCAUUUCAUUUUGUGAUUCUUCUUCCCUCGGGCGCUGUGAGGAGCCCAUGGUGAGAAGCCAGCUGCUUCCUGUGUUUCAGUUUGGCUGUAGAAACCAAAAAACAGCUAAAGCUUCAAAUUCUACAUCUUCCGGGCUAGAUCUAGCACUUCUAUGAAAGUCCCUUUCCUUUAAAGACGACGCGUCUGAAAUGGUGUUAAAUCAUCUUACCUCUGUUCUUAGAAUAAGCAUCCACAGACAUCAGAGACAAGACAUAUAAAUAUUUCCCCCUGCUCCUCUUUGCUGCUCUCCUCUCUGCUCUAAUGGACUAAACCAUGGGUGUGGCAUUGUAGCUUUCUCAGCCUGCCCUCCCUGUUCGUAAGUUAUGUGGUCAGGAAGGCAGGCUGCUUUGUGGUCAUUCCCUGCAAGACACAGCGUAACAGAAAAGAAUAAAAACUUUCAAGUCUG